GGAUGACAGCGGCGAGGGUGGCAGCGGCUGCGGCGCGGCGCUGAACGCCGCGAGCCUGAGCCGGGAAGAGGAGGAAGUGGAGCUGCGGCCGGGAGCUCUGGAGCCCGCCGCCGCGCUCUGGCAGAGCGAACCGCGUCCCGACCCGGGAAGACUUCACCGCGGGGCUCCAGCCGCCGCGCCUGCCCGCCGGCGCCUGCCCUGCCCUGCCCGUCCCGGCUCCGGUCCCGUGCCCGGACUCUCCCAACCCCGCGGUCCGGAGCGGACUGUCGAGACGCUCGAGUCUUGACCCGGUGCGCCGGGGCUGGACGUCCCUGGCCCCGCCGGCGGUGCAGGUUCGUUCCCAGCCUUUCUGUCUGUGUGCCGUCCGCCCCGGGAGUCAGCGCAAGGUGGCCCCGGGCCCCGAGGGCAGAGCAGCCCGGACGUCCCCCCCCCCCCCCCCGCCUCGGGCUUCACGAGAACCGAACCUUCGGCGGCCUCGGACCGAACUGCUCGGAACUUGAAACCGAGCGAGCGCCGGGGAAGCCCCACGCCGGGUCCAUUGCCCCGUGAGAGGGUCUCCGGGCGAUCGGGGCUGCCAGAGCGAGCCACGGCGCCGAUCUGCCGGCCGAAGCCGACACCUUCCUCCGCCCUAAGCUGAGGACUCAGCGCUUGCCCCGGAGAGGACGCGGGGACUCUUCUUCCCCGUGGCCGGCGAGGGCAGAGGCUGCAGGACCAGCCAGGGGCCUCCAUGGGCGCUUGAGGGCCUGGUGCCAGGGCCACGGGCACGAGCAUGGUGAGACACCAGCCACUGCAGUACUAUGAGCCCCAGCUGUGCCUCUCCUGCCUCACAGGCAUCUACGGCUGCCGCUGGAAGCGCUACCAGCGUUCCCAUGAUGACACCACACCGUGGGAGCGCCUCUGGUUCCUGCUGCUCACCUUCACCUUUGGCCUCACACUCACCUGGCUUUACUUCUGGUGGGAAGUCCACAAUGACUACGACGAAUUCAACUGGUACCUUUACAAUCGCAUGGGUUACUGGAGUGACUGGUCUGUGCCCAUCCUCGUGACCACAUCUGCUGCCUUCACGUACAUUGCAGGCCUUCUGGUCCUGGCACUAUGUCACAUUGCUGUGGGACAGCAGAUGAACCUCCACUGGCUGCACAAGAUUGGGCUGGUGAUCAUCCUGGCUUCCACGGUGGUGGCCAUGUCAGCAGUGGCUCAGCUGUGGGAGGACGAGUGGGAGGUACUGCUCAUCUCCUUGCAGGGCACAGCUCCAUUCCUGCACAUGGGUGCCCUGGUGGCCAUCACUGCACUAUCCUGGAUCGUGGCAGGACAGUUUGCCCGUGCAGAACGAUCUUCCUCCCAGGUGACCAUCCUCUGUACCUUCUUCGCUGUGGUCUUUGCCCUCUACCUGGCCCCUCUCACCAUCUCCUCUCCCUGCAUCAUGGAGAAAAAGGAUCUGGGCCCCAAGCCUGCUCUCAUUGGCCACCGCGGGGCCCCCAUGCUUGCCCCAGAGCACACGCUGAUGUCCUUCCGGAAGGCCCUAGAGCAGAAGCUGUUUGGGCUCCAGGCUGAUGUCACUGUCAGUCUGGAUGGCAUCCCCUUCCUUAUGCAUGAUGCUACUCUGCGACGUACCACUAACGUGGAGCAGGUGUUCCCAGAGCUCGCCCACAGGCCUUCCGCCAUGCUCAACUGGACUGUCCUGCAGAGGCUCAACGCUGGCCAGUGGUUUCUGAAGACUGACCCCUUCUGGACGGCCAGCUCCCUGUCACCCUCAGACCACAGGGAGGCCCAGAACCAGUCCAUCUGUAGUCUGGCAGAGCUCCUGGAGCUGGCCAAGGGCAAUGCCACGGUGCUGCUCAACCUGCAUGACCCACCCCGUGAGCACCCCUACCGCACCAGCUUCCUCAACAUCACCCUGGAGGCCGUGCUGCACUCAGGCUUCCCACAGCACCAGGUUAUGUGGCUGCCUAACAGGCAGAGGCCCCUAGUGCAGAAGUUGGCACCUGGCUUCCAGCAAACGUCAGGAUCCAAGGAGACCGUGGCGAGCCUGCAGAGAGGCCACAUCCAGCGGCUGAACCUGCGCUACACUCAGGUGUCCCGCCAGGAGCUCAGGGACUACGCAUCCUGGAAUCUGAGUGUAAACCUGUACACCGUCAACGCGCCCUGGCUCUUCUCCCUGCUGUGGUGUGCAGGGGUCCCGUCCGUCACCUCUGACAACUCCCACACCUUGUCCCAGGUGCCCUCCCCACUCUGGAUCAUGCCCCCAGAGGAAUACUGCCUCAUGUGGGUCACUGCUGACCUGAUCUCCUUCACCCUCAUCAUCGGCAUCUUCGUGGUCCAGAAGUGGCGCCUGGGUGGCAUAAGGAGCUACAACCCUGAGCAGAUCAUGCUGAGUGCGGCCGUGCGCCGGACCAGCCGGGACGUCAGCAUCAUGAAGGAGAAACUCAUCUUCUCAGAGAUCAGCGAUGGUGUGGAGGUCUCGGAUGAGCUAUCUGUGUGUUCAGACAGCAGUUAUGACACAUACACCAACAGCACCACCCCUGUGGGCCCUCGAGGGGGCGGCAGUCGCAGCAAGACCUUCACAGACCAUAGUGGGCGCUAGCUGAAGACCCGUCGGUCCCAGCCUGUAUGGGACAUAGUACCAGUUGAGCCCAGGAUUGCUGGCAGAAGCUGUUUGGACUUGGAGGGCUCUGGGAGCUCCUCCACAACUUCCUCACGGGCUCUAACCCUUGUCAGUCUCGGCCUCUCUUGGAGGAGUCUCCACUCCCGAGGCCCAGCUGGCCAAGACUCCAGCCUCUCAGAUGCCCCUGCAGGCCUGGGGCUCCUCUUUCUGGGAAAUGUGGUGCCUGGGCCUGGUGGCCUGGUCCCCUGGUCUCAUUCUUUCGUUCCUCCCUCAUAUCCCAGCCUGGAAGCUUUGACAAGUUGCUGGGCCAUGCUACAUCCACAGAGGCAAUGAAGGGUGGGAUGCUCACUGUGCCCACAUGUGUCUGUCAACCUGUCUGUGUUGUGAAGCAACUGACAUCUCCAUUUCUCUAUCCUGCCUUGAGGACCUGAGAUGGUCCUCCACCCCAGCCCCGGCAGCUCUGUUCUCCACUUUAUCUCAAAGCACAAGGAGGUUCAGUCCAAGAGGAAAGCCAGCAGGCAUGGUGCAGACAUGUCCUCCUCCCAACCAGCCUCCCACCACCUCCAGCCCCUGCCCCAGGAAGGGCUCAAGCCAUGUGCCCUAGAAGCAGCUGAGAUGGCCAGAAGUACAGGCUCACGGAGCUGUUCUUUCUCAGCCCAAGUGUCCAACAGGCCUGUGGGGUAUGUGUAGCCCUGGGGCCCAGGAGAUCCAGAGACUGAAACAACCUCAGGUUCCACAGUGGUGGCCACAGGACAGGGCCAAAAUGUGCUGGGCUCUGUCAUGUGUGGGGGUGUGGCCAAAAAGUGAAGGGAGCUGGGGGGGCCUUGGCCAGGAUGAUUAAAGCUGCCAUCUUGA